GAGGAAAUCCCAAGAAACCCUCCCACCACUUGCAUGGUCAUUUGCUCUUCCGAUUCUUCUUUUCAAUCCCGCACAGUCUGUUGUCCUCACCGUCCGUCUCAACCGCUCCUCUCCGGCGCCCAAGGAGGUUCUCCAGCUCGAUCCUCUCACGAGUGGCCAUGUUCCUGUAGAGGUGGAAACCCAGCCACACGUACUCGCCUCAGCUCAGCUCCCGUAUCUUCAUAUUCUCCCGUGUCCUCGUCCUCCACCAAUCGAGCAUGGACCCUAACCAACGCGCCUCCACGGCAGAUACUGUCGGCGGCGACUAUUCCGAUGACCAUAUCAUGGAGGCUGGGCCAGACGGGAGGAUUGAGAUGGCCCAGGAAGAGAUAGACGCGAUUAUCCGCAACAAGAGAAAGGUGCGGGACCCUAAAGCCUGCUAUGCAUGCCAUCGCCGGAAGGUCAAGUGUGAUAGGAACCUGCCCUGCGACUCUUGUGUCAAGAGAGACCACCCUGAGCUUUGUUCCUACGAGCGGCCCACCAAGAAGCGACGCAUUGCCCUGAGUGGUGCUUUGGCCCAACACGAUGGAGCUGGGUCGGAGAGCCCGAUCCAACAACAGACUGGUCCCAACGUUACGGUGCCACGGGAACAAUGGGAGCGGCUGAACAGGGAAUUGCAACAGCUGCGCGGAGUGGUCAAACCCGAUGAACAAUUGUCUCCGGCGUUGGUGCACACCGAGUUGGACGAAACAAACCUUACAGGCACGCAUAGCCGCGGCGACGAGACAGAGAGAGAAGGAAUCCAUGCUCCCAGCAAUCAAAUGGGCACAAUGCAUUUGGGGUCGAGGUCCGUUUUAGCCUACAUGAUGGGACUCGGCAGGAGCAGGUCGGCUCAAGACACCGCGAAAUCCUUGCUGGAGGAAAACAUUCUACCAAAGCUCGGCCUGGACAAUGAGAGUGCCACUUAUCCUUUUGUGGACUUGUGGAGUACCGAUUCAAGCAUGCAAGACGUGAAUGGUCUGUGUAAAGCUAUUCCAGAUGACGAGCUGUGCAAUGAAUUUUUCAUCGCCUACAGAGAUAUCGCCUGUACUAUAUACCCUGUCGUUCCCGAUACCUCCAGCUUCGAGGACACCCUGCACUUUAUGCUUUCCAAUCGCGCGCGUGCUUUGCGCGACAACCUUGAACUCGAUCCCAACAAGCCGUAUGGGGUAUCGUUACCCUGGCUAUCACUGGUGUUUGCUGUUUUUGCAUCUGGGUCCCAGUCAUCGGACCGGCCAGCAAAAGAGAGGGAGCUCACAUCUCAAGUUUACAUCUGCUGUUCCUAUCAGGCUCUUCGCAUGUCUAACUUCCUGACCCAUCCAUGCCUGGAGACCAUCGAAGCCUCUCUGAUUAUUGGGAACGUUCUGUCCUACAACAUGAAUCCUGGGGUGGCAUAUAUCUUCCUGGGUAUGACACUACGCAUGGCCUUCUCGAUCGGAUUGCAGAUCAACUCGCAACAGUUUACAGAUGCCGAAAAAUGGACACGUCGACGAAUCUGGUGGGCGCUUGCAUGGCAAGAUUCCCAUUUCGCGGUCAGCUACGAUCGGCCUACCUCGAGCGUCUUGUGUAUCCCCGAUAUCCCUUACGGCAAAUUUAGUUCUCCUGGAGACCGGAGCUACGCGGAAAGCAUGUUCGCCAUUAUCCGACUGACGCAGGAAAUCAUCCGUGAACGUCUUUUACAUCCUCGAUCUUACAUGACCUGGGAUAGAAUACAGAAGUACACCGAAGAGAUCACGAGCAUUGUGUCACAAGGUGCCGCUCACCUCCGGAACCGGGACCUUUGCUAUAGAAUGACACAGCACCUUGAACGCCUUGCCUUGAAACUCCACAGCUGCUAUAUCACCAGUGAGCUGUGCCGGCCUGCGCUGAAAGCACCGCCUCCAUCUUCCUCGGGUGAUAACUUGACACCUGUCCAGUCGCCCCCUGGUGGUCGGCGGAGGACCUCGGGCACCACUGCUCAGUCACCAAGUACGACUCCUUUCGAUGCAGCGGCCGUUGCUCAGUUUCGGACUCUGUGCGUGCAGAACUUGGAGGGUACGGUCGAAGCAUACGUGGAGUUGCACGGCUUGAGCAAAUUCGCAGCUCGAUCCUGGAUUGGGAUCCAACGCUCGAUCUCCGCCGCAUUCCUGCUGGGGACCCUCCCAGAGACAAGUCGCGACCCACGCCGAUUAUCCCUCCUUCGAGAGUUGGAGGCAGUCGUCUCACAACGUACGCAGGAAGAUCCGACAUUCGACCUUGCUCAAGAUGCAAGUCCCGCUGCUAACCGUCGCUUCUCUCAGGAGGAUCCACCACCACUUGCAGAAUCCCCUCAUUGGGCACGCAGUAUGGCCAAGUCACUCAACGCGUUGGGCAAGUUGAACGCCGCGCUGGCGGGGCCGAGAUCGUCAAACUCGAGUAAAUUCCAAAACGCCACCUAUGGGCAGCAGGCGUCGAAUCAGUUUAUGGGGACUCCAUCUGGUCUAGCAACCAAUUCGUCAUCACCGACAAUACAGUCGCGACCGUCUCAGUAUCCCCCGCUCUCUGGUGUCAAGGAGGAGACGUAUUCGCCGUCACUUAAUACGAGCAAUGCGAUCUUGGGGCUCGGCGGUUCCACGUCCAUGGGAAACAUGGGCGGAUCCAUGGGGCCCAUAACGCCUGAUAGCACGGGUAGUUCGGGAGACUGGAAUUUUGGUAAUAUGCAUGAGAGGGCAGCAGAGUAUGUGCAAGCGCCACUUUGGGGAGAUGGCGGGAUGGGGAGUUUCCUGGGGUAGGGCAGCAGGGGAGAGAUGGCGGAGCAAGAGAGAGAUCGAGCGUUGAUCAUUGUGAGGAGGGGAGGGCGGAAGGGUUAUGUUAGGCGACGUAAGGCCCAGCCAGGGGGUGAAGUCAUCAGCUAUACAAUUAAAGGGACCGAACCAGACGCAAACGGUUGUUACGCAUGGCUGGAGUUUCGGGCAGAGGCGUUUCUCCACGAGACGGUGGCGACGAUGAGCGACGAUGUUUCCGAUGAGCGCAGAGGAUAUGAGCAGAUUGUAGGCAAUGUUGACCUGUUAUGUUUG